CUCCGAAUGUACUGACCACAUGACCUGUCACGAAGGAUCAUGGCAUCAUCUGGCGAUUCGACACGACAAGAAGAAAAAGGACAAAGCAGUGGACACCGUGCUGUUUUGUUGGUGACCAGUCAUCACGGUCAAGUGCUGUACCGGGGGAUACCACUGGACUACAUAGAUCGUACAGGUCACAUUAGUGUUUGGAACGUUGCGAAGAUGAUAUCGAGCGCUGUUGAUGUAUUGUGUAGAUGUGGGUAUACCGAGAGAGAAGCCGCAUUAACCGAUACCCGACGUGCUUUUCUUGUUCGACAGCGUUUGGUAAUCUCUCCUCGUUUGCACUCAGAAACCUCCAAAAUAAUCGACACCAAUAUUUUGGUAACCGCUACUGCUGGAAAAGUAGGAAAAUCAUCAAGGACGUCGAACGCUGAACUUAGGUCAAGUGGAAGUGAUGUCGCGUUUGUAAAAUGUGCAUACACCGGCGUUUUGUUUGAUACCAACAUUAACAGACCAGUGCCGUACCCAAAAUGGUUUGCCGAAAAAUAUUGUUCUCCACUUUCAUAUAUUGACAAUAGUCAUAUACAAGCUAAGAAGGAUAUGGUAUCUUUCCCUUCAAACGCUCACAGGACCCAGCUGAAAGUCCGUCACAGUGAUACAGAUUUCAACAUGCACGUGGCCAAUGCGGAAUAUUUACGUUACUGUAUGGAAGCGGCCACAGAUGCCUCUAUAUCCGGAUACUUUAGACAUUUCAGCCGAGACAUGUGUUGGUACCCUGUACUGGAACUUGAUAUCAUAUAUCUCGCUCAGUCUCGACCCGGCGAGAUGUUGGAUGUCUACACCUGGCAGGACGAAUAUGAUAUUCAGGCCAUAUACUUUUCUAUCCAUCGAGAUCGAACCGCCAUUGCUGUUUCUGCUUUCAAAUUUGGAUUCGGUGAAAAUACAUCUCACCUUUGACCAAAAUCGUAGAAAACUACGGAGACAUCAAGUAGACAUUAAGAAAUAAUUACAUAUGAAUACAUUUUGAGAUAAAUUCACACCUAUUGGGCAUGUGUUCGCAGAUUAAAGGCCAUAUGAUCUUUUAAACAUAUAUAAGAUACAGCUUUAAUCUUCCAACCACUUUAUCUUCCUAUAAACAGGGGCCGGAUCAUCACGGAAGGAUUGCCAAGACAAAUUUGUAAAGAAAGAGGCUAGUCUGUGCCUCAAACAUUGGUUAGAUUGCCAUUGACUUGUAUAAAAGGCUAAAUCUUUAUGCUGUUUUAAUAUCAUUUGAUAUCACAGACCAUGCCUGGAAGUAUUUGUGUUUUCUCUUAAUGACAGUUUCUUGUCUAUAAACAGUAUUUACAAGGUGGAAUACUAUUUCCUUAUGCUUAUUUUGAGGAAAACAUUUUGGUGAGACAAAACAGAAAAUGUUUUAGAAGUGUUUUGAAAACAAGUAACAAAGACGGCAAUAUUCUAAUAGAUAUACAGGCUGUUGGGUUAAUUCACCAAAUAGGCCGCAGUCACAAGUAGGAAAAUGCCGACGGGUCCAUGGUACAUUGUUUGUAUUGAAAUGCAAGAACACCAAUGGAUCAUUUAAUAAUUCACAAUAGAUAAUGUCAAUGUUAAUAUACCAAGGAUCUUCCCAUCUUUGUAUAAUUCAAUUCUAUAAGAUCAGGUGGUACGUUUUGUUGUUACAGACCGACCAGAGAUAAUGUUUAUGAAUCGUAUCAGCAGGACCGAUUUGCCUUGGUGAUCGUUUAAGUGAUGAAAACCAAGUGUAAAUCAAGCGAGUGUGAAUUUGACUACAGAAAUAGAUUAUUUAUUUGACACAGGAUUGAGUGCUGGGUGAGUUCUGUGAGAUUUUCUAUGUAACACAGGAUUAAGUGCUGGUGAGUUCUGUGAGAUUACUAUCUAACACAGGAUUGAGUGCUGGGUGAGUUCUGUGCUCCUUGUUCCUUUGAAGACUUCAUUGAAUAGAUUAUCUAUCUAACACAGGAUUGAGUGCUGGGUGAGUUCUGUGAGAUUAUCUAUCUAAUUCAGGAUUGAGUGCUGGGUGAGUUCUGUGAGAUUAUCUAUCUAACACAGAAUUGAGUGCUGGGUGAGUUCUGUGAGAUUAUCUAUCUACCACAGGAUUGAGUGCUGGGUGAUUUCUGUGAGAUUAUCUAUCUAACACAGGAUUGAGUGCUUGGUGAGUUCUGUGUUUUUUGUUCCUUUGAAGAAAACAACUGUGCACAAACAGUUUUUAUUAUAUUUGCAGUUGAUUAUUUAUUUAUUCAUUGAAAUUAUUCUGCUCAUGUAGGUUUCCGAUCGCAUUUGAACUCUAUCAACACUGAUGGGUAGUUUGGACUGAAAUGAUUAAGAGAAAAUAAUCUAUGUAUAACUACACUGAUGGGUAGUUUGGACUUGUAUGAAUGAUAAAUAUACACAUUUCAUUCA